GUACGCUGCCUAAGGCGCAUUAUUUACUAAUACAGAAGACCGAUCCCCUUUCUUAGAUUUUCCCCAAAUAAAGCCCCCCAUACAAUAUCCGUGAACGGCAAAUCAUAAUGUGUCCUUAAAGUUGUCGCAAAAUGUCACUCGAAAACGUGUUUGUUCAACUUGAGUUUUGUGUAAAGGGAAAAUGGCUAAACCAAAAGAGGCAGUACCAUUCGGUAGCAAAGUGCAACGGUUUGGAAAAAUUACUGUUCACCCCAAUUUGGAUCCAAGUGGCCUAUACACAAUAAGGGCAGACGGUUGUGACCCUUGUCUUUACCACCCGCAAGACAUUAAUGAAAUUUUUAAAAUAAAUAGAAAAAGGAAGACUGAAAAAGAUCCCUGGCGUUACAAAAAAGAAUUAGAAGAAUGGGCGAGAAAUUUAGGAUACAGAAAUCAAAAAGUGCUCGAACGUAGGAAAUGGUUCAAUUCCAUUUUGGGUCCAGCGUGGCAUGACGUACCAGAAAGAAAAAAAUACGAGCCUGCUUGUAAAAACUUGAGCUUUGGAAGAAAGGCUAGAUUUGGUUCUUCAAAAAAUUACCUUCCAGGUCCUGGAACUUAUUAUAAAACUGUUCCUUUUAAAGCACCGUAUGGUCCACACUCAUCUAGACCUACAUUUGAAAGGGAAGAAGCUUGUCGAUUCAAAGAUACUUCUUUGAAAUGGUCAUUGGCACCUGAUCGUUAUAAAAUUCUAGAUAAGCAAUCCAUAGAAAAUAAAUCAAAAAAAAUAGUAUCCAUACGCGGUCCCUACGAUCUCUUUACAGGGAAACGUGACGGAAGCACAAUAAAAAAUCAUUUUAGCGCUUCACAGAAAUGUUCUGCUGCCACUUGGCCUAUUGCAUUGAAAGGUACAUUAGACAAAUAUGAGAAAUCUCAUUUUGGGGUGAUGAAUAAAACAAAUCGCAGUCUUUCCUAUAGAGGUCGUAACGCUUUAGUAGAUAUAUCCAUGUGCUUAAAAAAACCAACAGAUCCUGGUCCAGCUCAUUACAAUACGGAUAAACCAAAAACGUUUAAGCAAAACAAGUGUGGCUUUAACAGUAGUUACGAUAAACCACCUGGAUACAAGCGUGUUAUAGUGUGGCCUGCGGUCGGCAGAUACAGAGCUCAGAGUAUCAGUUGCGGUAUAUUGGGUCAAGGCCAUCGACAUGUGUUUCUUAGUAAACAAGAACGUACAAUAGGAGCUAUCAUACCGGAGCCUAUGAACUCUUUCUGAUUUUAUUUAGAACAUCUACACAUAAUUGUUCUGUUACAAAUUUAAUAUUUAUAAACAAUAAGUUGAGUUAAAAGAAAAUCAUAUACAUAUGUUUCUUUAGAGAUUCCAACUUCAAUAAAAUUCUAAUGUAGAUAAGUUUAUCUAUAACAAUUUCUUUAACUUACUUAUAUAUAUAUAUAUAU